AUGACUUACAUGCUUCGUAUAGUACAUUACACACACAUACAUCUACACGAAGUACACGCCGCGCCCUCUCGUGCUCGCUUACUGUUUACUGCCUGCCGGGCCCGCAGCAUUCCCCCGUCGCUGUUUGUUGUUUGCUGCUGCCGUUGUCGUUGCCGUGGCCGUCGUCGUCAGUCACAGAGGCGCAGCAACCCCAGGAUCCCCCAGGACCAACCCAGCGUCGGUCAGUAUCCGCCGCAUACCCUGCAGCUGCAGCUCGCUUCGGGAAAGGGCCUGUUUCGUCGUGUUCCUUCGAACAAAAAAAAAAGGGCUGAGUCGGCGGAGCACGUCUGUAUGCAGGCAGGGUCCCCCUCUUGCAUGCGCAUGGUCAGCCUGGGUUGUUUAUUUUGCGCGCCGAGGGCCGAAACCCCCGUCCUCGCCAACGACCAGUCUUGUCUGUCAGCCGCACCCCCUGAUGGAUGA